AUGGUAAGAUUCUUUACCAACCCAUACGAUGACUUCAAACCAGGAAGUUCCACAGUGAUCGAUAAAAAUGAGAUAACUUCUCAAAUACAUGAAUAUACAAAUAACAUUUCUAAACGUCUCCAUGCUUCACGCAAAAAUGUCGACGGAGGUUUAUACGUCGGCAUCACCGGGGUCUCCUACAUGUUUUAUCAUCUCUCUAAAAACCCAUUACUGUCGGAUAACAAGUCGAUAUACAUUCAAAAGAGCCUAGAGUACUUGAAACCAGCCUUGGAAGCGUCAGCUGGAGACAAGACUUCAUUUUUAUUAGGCGAUGCCGGCACCUACGCCUUAGCCACUGUCCUUUACAAAGAAUUAGGUGAUGAACAUUCAGCCGAAAUGCUGAAGGUAUAUAAAUCAUUAUAUUCACAUUAUAUGAACCCCAAAUUUCUGAAAUGUGGUGGUGAUGAGUUCUUUGUUGGACGUGCUGGUUAUCUUGCUGGGAUUCUUUGGAUGAGUCGAGAACUUAAAACAGCAAUUUUCACUGAUGAAGAGAUAUAUAAGAUCUGUGACAUGAUGGUAGCUUCUGGAAGAGAAUACUCCACAAAACACCAGAGCCCUUGUCCAUUGAUGUACCAUUACUACAAUACAGAAUAUCUUGGAGCAGCACAUGGCAUAAGCUUCAUUUUGCAGAUGCUUCUAUCUGUGCCUGGUUACUUGAGUUACAACAAAUCUGCUGCUCAGGACAUCAAAACCACAGUAGAGUAUCUUGCUUCGUUGCAGACUGAGGAAGGAAACUGGCCAUGUUGUAUGGAGGAAAUUGGUCUGAGUGACCAUAAGCUUCUGCAUUGGUGCCAUGGCGCAUCUGGAACUAUUUAUGUAAUGGCCAAAGCUUACUUGAUUUACAAAGAUCAAAGAUUCUUUGAUGCCUGUGUGAAGGCAGGGGAGGUGGUGUGGCGGAAGGGACUGCUUCGCAAGGGCCCUGGCAUUUGUCAUGGAGUAGUCAACUUGCUGACAGUAAAGGCGCUGUCUCACUGCGGCGUAAAAUGUAGGAAUCAAUAUAGUUGGAAUCACUGCGAUGGCACUCCUAAUAGUCUACUUGAUUGCUUAGUUGUAUCACGGUCACAUUUUGCUCUAGGCCUAGCGGAGAGUUCCAGCGCACCGGUUAUACCAGGGGUAACGCAGCAAUGUUGUAUGUUCCACGUGGUGUUAACAUUCGAUGUUAACAGGAAUUCUUACGUGAUAAUCACGGAGGAUUUGUCGGGCACUACAGAGGUCCUUUCUCGGUACCCCAUAGAAGUGGAUUCUGAUGUUAUUGUCGCUCAUAAAAUAAACCAAACAUUCAAGUUGUACGAAGUAUUUAAUACUGGAUCAAAAUACAGGGGCACCUACAAUGUUAGAGAGGUGGGUCUCUGGAAUUCUUCGUUGGUUAUUAACGCCUCGAACCGAUGGAACUUGCAAGGAGUGUUCGUGAAGACAGCAGUGAUCAUCCUGACGUUGCCCAAGAUAGUGAAUCAGACGAUAGAACAAUAUAUGGAGAAGCCAAUAAAGUCACAGAUAGAUGUGGACACAGUACACCGUAUGAAGUACUUUAUCAUGUUGAAGUUUAUGCGAGAUAUGUACAACAUCAGCUACGACAUGCAUCGCGUUAAUACUUGGGGAUACCAACGCAAUGGUAGCUUUGAUGGCAUGGUGAAUGCUCUUUAUCAAGGUAUGGCAGAAAUAGGAGGAGCUCCCAUUUUCUACAGAAUCGAUAGAGGGCAACGUGUUCAAUACAUUUCUGAGGUCUGGAUGUCAAGGCACAGUUUCCUCUUCCGCCACCCCAAGUACCCGGGCGGUUUCUACACGAUCUACACGCGCCCUCUUAGUGACGUGGUCUGGUAUUGUGUUGUCGCCAUGUUGGCGGUGACAGCCAUCAUAUUGUGGGUUAUGCUGGUGGUACAAAAAGGCGAUAAUGAAGAAUCCUCGUUAAGUUUAGCUGGACUUGUGAUAUGGGGCGCUAUUUGUCAGCAAGGAAUCUCAAUAAACCGUCAGUCCACGUCCACGAAAUUAGUGAUCUUCACCACAUUCGUGUACGCAGUAACAUUGUACCAGUAUUAUAACGCGACCAUAGUCUCCUCCUUACUCUUGGAGCCUCCAAGGAAUAUCAGGACACUGAAGGAUAUCUUAGACAGUGACUUGAAGGUCGGCGCCCAUGAUAUUGUGUAUGAUAAAGAUUAUUUUAAGCGCACAACAGAUCCAGUGGCAAUAGAACUGUACCACAAAAAGGUUGCUACAGGUACUCACUACAAUUUCUUCACACCCGAGGAAGGAAUAGCUUUAGUGAAGAAAGGAGGUUUUGCUUUCCACAUAGACACUACUUUCGCCUUUCCACUGAUCAAGGCGACCUUUACUGAGAGGGAGAUCUGUGAGACGAAUUUAGUGCAGAUGUACCCGUUGCAACGAAUGGGCGUCGUUGUUAGAAAGCAUUCGCCUUAUAAGGAACAUAUUGCUUACGCCAUUCGAAAGAUGUACGAAGUGGGUCUGCCACCUCGCAUCCAAUCAGAAAUCGACGAGCCUAUGCCAGAGUGUGCGCACACGCCGGAUUCGAGUAUAUUCUGUGUCGGUAUCCGAGAGUUCUCUACGCCACUCCUUGCUCUUGCAAUCGGCAUGAUAACUUCUAUAAUUGUACUAUUUUGCGAAAUUAUUUUCGAUAGAGUUGUUAAAAUAAAUAGCGUGCGAGAUUUUAGGCAUUAG